CUAAGAAAAGAGGAUUGAAUGCUUGUAUUGUAAGACCGGGAUAUAUUGUUGGGGAUAGCAAAACUGGUGGCUGUAUUCAACUGAAUCUGGUUCCUACAAUCCAUAAUACGAUUAACAUGUGUCCUGUGGACUAUGUUGCAAAUUGUGUAACAAAGAUAUCAUUGUCAUCCAUAGCUUCCGACCGUGGUAUUUUCCACAUAACACAUCCAAACAAUCCGUCAUUCAGAUUUAAUGAUCUGUUCAAUUCAUUGAUUCUCUACGGUUACAAUGUUACAAAAACAGAAUAUAUAGUUUGGAGAAAUAAACUAAUGGAGUUUACAUUACAACAACAAGAUAAUGCUUUAUAUCCUUUGCUUCAUUUUGUAUUGGAUGAUUUGCCGACCAGUACUAAGGCACCAGAAUUAGAUGAUAGGAAUACUAGAGAUAUUGUUGAUCAGGAAUGCAUGGUGAUUGAUGAGAAGCUUAUAGGAAUUUAUUUGGGGUAUUUAGUUAAAGUUGAAUUUUUAGAUAAACCCGUUCGAAAUGAUAAAGACAAAGCUGGUGAUUUGGAAG